AUGAAGCUAAUGCAAAAGGCUGCGAUGCUCAAUCCUGCGUCAUUAGGCGGCUCUUUCACGUUGCCUUAUGAGAUCUAUCAUCGCACCUUGGUCACACUUACUUCUAACGAUCUUACCUUUGGCUCAAAGAACUCAAGUAUGACUUCAACGAUUGAGAGGGUGCCGCAAAAGGCAAAUUCUCGGAAAGGCCGCAGUUUUCUUGGAUUCGACUACCUUGGGCGUUUUACAUCUGCCACUUACGAACUUGUGGUGACUGCUGCCUCCGACUGGGCAGACAAGUAUGAGUGGGGGAAGCGUUUUGGGCACAGGGUCAGGAUCAGAGUUUCCGAAGAAAACAGGCCCUUUAUCGAUGUUUUCAGAGAAACUUAUGAAGACGAGGAAGACGAGGAAACAAACGAGGUCGUUGCCUUUAUGCUCCGCUAUCCGAGCUCCCCUCGAUGGGAAGACAGACUUACACAGGUUUCGGAAUUCUGUCAAGGCGCAGACUUUGUUAUCGUCAACUUCAUCCCCGACGACCCGAACAACCCUCGCUUGAAGGACGCACAAGAACCUAGAGCGUGGAUCUUCGACUGUCACUUGAAUCCUCAGAUACCGGUUCCCACAAACCCUCUCCACGACCGCCUCCUGACCAACAUGGAGUUCCAUGAGGCACUGAAGCAAGAGCGUUUUAGCCAAGAUUCAGAGCAGGAGAUUAUUGGAAAUACUCGUCGAAUAUAUAUAAGCAACCCUAACGGAGUCAGUAUACUGUCACUACUCAGAAGAACGCCCGCUUCGCAGGUCGAAGGCUUUCGCAAACUAUUUGCGAACUAUCUAAGUCCAAGCCCAGUCCCCGAGCUGAGCUUGAGGGAAACUGAUUGGUGGGGGCUUGGGUUUGUUAUCGAAUGCAACCUACCAUAUCUUGCCAUUAGUACCCACGAUCGAUCGGAUACUCGAACUUUGUCCAAGGAUAAGAAUCUUCGAGCACGAGAUGACAUAGAUUUUCUCAAUCUGAAUUCCUCGACAACGCCAAGAGAUCAACAACAGAGGUCGUGCGUCCCAGACAACGCCGUUCUGCACGUGGCUGUCUUCUCACUUAUGAUCACGGGUCGCAGUGAACAACAUUCGACCACAGUUUGUCUAGACGAUGAGUUCUUUGAUCAAGAGUCGAGACUGAUGAGCGAUGAAGAGAUCGAAAGCUUAGCCGGGCGCGAAGAUCCAAUCACUCUCCAACCAGAGUUCAAGAGAGCCCGCUCUCCACGAGCAUACCUGCUCGUAGCUCUGGAGGGGCAGCUCGAGCGGAUUGUCGAUUAUCACGCCAACGCACAAGACCGACUCAAGUACAGCACAGAGCUUUAUAAUACCAUUUCCGAAGAUCGAUCUCCUGCUAUGGACCAGUGGAUCAAGCGCUUUCCACUGAUUCUGAACAAACUAGUUCACUUCAACUCAAGGCUAGCAGAAAAGGUGAAUCAUUUCCUGACAGACGAUUCCAUGGUUGGCUCAGAUGGAAUUCCUUAUGGACCAUUAUGGCAGGGCUUGCAGGCUGAACCCGGAGCCAUCAAAUCACUGCGCGCAAUCAGACGUUAUUGCAGUCAGUUGAGGGAUAUUAACACUGGACUCGAGCAUCUCAGAGAGGCUUAUGAAGAUGUUAGACGCAAGAGGAAGAACGACUUUGCAGCCGAGCAACAAACAAGAGACCGCACAAUCGAGCAGGUUACGAUUGCAGCGUUUGGAUUGGCCAUCAUGAACUUGAUUGCCCAAGUCUAUACUGGCAAGCCAGGCAACGACGAUGCGUCCUCUCGGCCAGCAUACAUUACUAUGGUGGUCAGCUUCGGUGCCAUAUGCAUCAGUGGAAUUUUGUGUGGUAUAGAAACACUGCUAGGGAAGGUAGGGCUGGACACUCCAGUACCGGACUUCCCCGAUGCAGAUAUUGUGCAUAACCCGCAGGACAUCUUUCGUGUCUACCUUGCCGACACCCUACAGAAGCUGGUCAACUGCGAUAGGCUGGUAGCCUACGAUGCGAUACAGACCUCGAACAUCACAGGAAUGGGCGAUCUCAUUAUUGUGGCUCCUAGACUUAGACUGAAAGGGGUCAAGCCUGAGGAGCUGGCAAAAGAUCUUCUUCAAAAAUUGCCAAGAACACCCCCCUUUGGAUGUCCCCUUCUCGACGGCAUCCGCCUGCAGGUCUUCUUUUCACCCAAUACACUGUCUCGGCUCCUUCUCUCGUACAUCAGUGAUAGGUCUUCGUCCUACGGUUAUGACACGUCGCUCGGCCUCGUCGAUCCUACAUCUACUGAUGGACAGAAGAAGAAGGUGAUCGUGGAGUUCUCGUCUCCGAACAUGGCGAGUGAGUUCCAAGUGUCACACUUGAGGAGCACACUGAUCGGCACAUACAUCGCAAAUAUUCACUCUAGUAUGGGGUGGGAAGUUGUCAAGAUGAACUACCUCGGCGACUGGGGGAAACAGAUCGGCCUCCUUGCUGCUGGAUGGCAGAGAUUUGGUUCCGAAGAGGAGUUUGAAAAACAGCCGCUCCGCCAUCUUCUCGAAGUCAACCACAAGAUUCAGGAUCUAUUCAAACCAGAAUUGGAAGAAUGCAAGACUGCCAAAGCGAACAAGCAGGAUGUCACAGAUAUAGAGUCAAGAGGCCUGUAUGCCGAGCGAGACGCCUUCUUCAAGAAGAUGGAGGACAGUGACCCAGAAGCCAUCGCAUUGUGGCAACGUUUCCGCGAUGCAACCGUCAAAGACUACCCAGAAUCGUACGCACAGCUGGGGGUAACGUUUGAUGAGUACUCUGGAGAGUCACAGGUCACUGCCGAGUCAAUCGCAGAGGUCGAACAAAUUCUCAAAGACAAGGGAAUCUAUGAAGAGCAUGACGACUCUUUCAUGAUCGACUUUUCGAAGCACGAUGUAAGAGGACUUUCACUUGCAGUGCUACGCUACCGAAAUGGGACGACUUCCUAUUUGUUACGCGAUCUUGCAGCAGUUUUUGACCGAUACAAGAAACACAAGUUUGACAAGAUGAUCUAUGUCGUUGCGAUGGAGCAAGAAAUGCACUUCCACCGAGUUACCAAGACUCUUGAGCUCAUGGGAAGACAAGAUCUCGCUGAGCGCAUUCAGCAUGUUUCUUUUGCCAAGAUUAAUGGACUUCCGGAAGAGCUGAAGGGUGCAGAGCUUCUGAGUGACUACCUUGGCAGAUGUCGCUCAAUGGCGCAGACUAGUCUUGACGAGGAGGAGGAAACGUCCCAUGUGGACAAGUCCGAGAAUUCAGCGAGACAACUCAGCCUUGCUGGUCUUUUCAUUCAGGACCACUACCACAAGAGGAAUACCUCUUAUGCAGUCGAUCCCAAGAAGUCGUUGUCCCUCGAAGGAGAGACAGGGGCGGCUAUCCAGAACUGCUAUGCCAGGUUAUUGAAGAAGCUAGAAUCCGGACCGGGCAGCUUUGACUACGCAACACUUGACCAUACUUCGUUGGAAACAGAAGACUAUGCUGAGCUUCUACGGAUCCUGUUGCAGUAUCCAGAUGCAGCCCAUGGCUCUUUCAGAACUCUUGAACCGUCCUUUAUUGUUGUAUACUUGCUCCGAAUUGUUGAUCAGCUAACAGCCACGCUUGAUGAUGACGAUGAGAAAGAUUGGACAGGCCUCGAUGCAGCUAGUGAGGCGAGAUAUGCCCUCUACGAGAACGCAAGACAGGUGUUUGAGAAUGCGCUGAGACUUCUUGGUGUAUCACCGUGGAGUGCGUAG